AUAACCCCUGGAUAUAAAUACCAGAUGUUGAUAAAGGAAACAGGAUCUGCUUAGUGAAAGAAGUGACAUGCAAUGGAUCCCAAAUAUCAGCGUGUGGAGCUAAAUGAUGGUCACUUCAUGCCCGUAUUGGGAUUUGGCUCCUAUGCACCUCCAGAGGUUCCGAGGAGCAGAGUUGUGGAGGUCACCAAAUUAGCAAUAGAAGCUGGCUUCCGCCAUAUUGAUUCUGCUUAUUUAUACAACAAUGAGGAGCAAGUUGGACUGGCCAUCCGAAGCAAGAUUGCAGAUGGCAGUGUGAAGAGAGAAGACAUAUUCUACACUUCAAAGCUUUGGUGCACUUUCUUUCGACCACAGUUGGUCCAACCAGCCCUGGAAAGCUCACUGAAAACACUUCAACUGGACUAUGUGGACCUCUAUAUUAUUCAUUUCCCAAUGGCUCUCAAGGUAAGGAAUCUUGAGAUCAACUUCUUUCUCUUCUGUUGUCAGCAUGACCAUCCUUUAUGA